CACAUCCGUCCCAGAACACUGUUGAUCAGAGCGGUGAAAGCGAAGGCAGGACAAAUGCUUCUGCUAACGUUAGCCGCUGUGCUAUCGCCUGUGUGUGCAGGGUUUUCUGCUCCGGUCUGUCUCAGUCAGGAGCGAGUGUAGCUUCCGAGUUUAGAGGUGUUUAGCAUCAGUACGGAUUGAAGCAAAUAUAGCAUACAGCUCUGUGUUUGGCUGAAAAUGUGUGAUCGGGGGCCGGAGCCUGAGCAGCAGGGCUACUGUGGUUUAUGUCGUGUUUUGUACCAAGACCUAGAUCAGCACCUGUCCAGUCCCCAGCACCUGGAUGCAGAGUAUCUGUUUGCCAGAGGAGCUGAGACUUCCUCCUCAAACUGCAGAAGCCAAUCAGCACACAUCUUGCUGGAACGAUUUCUCCACGAUGUCCUCAAGCACCACCCACAUAGUUAUGGGAGAAGUCCCUCUGACCUGGCAGCACACCAGAAAGACCAGCAGUCCCUGCAGCAGCACGAAGGUCCACCCCCUGAGACAUGUCAGCCACCAGUCCCCAUCCCACAGAUCACAUGGUCGGCAUGGCACCGAACCAGGAGGUGGCAGCAAAGAGGCGAUUUCAGCUCAGAUCAUAGCAGCUCCACCAUUGAACAGGUGAUCCGACGCUACUGCUAUGGCCAGGACGAUGAUGACAAAUCAAGCAGUGUGCAUUUCAGUCUCCCCAUCUCCAUAGAAACGCAGACUGAAUGGGACAUUGACAUACUGAAUAGCCCCGGUCAGGCUGGGCUUCCUCUAGAGCAGGUGGAGACUUUACUGGAGGUGCAGGUGGAUGUGGAGCAAGACUACAGCCAGCAGUUGGACUGGCUCCUGGAGGCCCCUGAAGACAGACGGGGGUACUUGGAGCAGCCCAUUGAAAAAGUACUCCCACUGCCUCAGCUCAUUCCCCCCUCCUUCAGAGGAAAGUCAUGGGCACAGAUCGAAAAGGAAGAUGAGGCCCGGGUGCUCAAACUUGUCCAACAGUUCAAGGCGGGAGUCCGUACUUGCUACUUCGACUCAGAGUCCCUAGCUAGGUAUGGAUGUCGGGGCUACAAGAAGGAGACCAAGCCUGACCUGCUGCCAUUAUUUCAUCAUGACAUUGAGAUCGAGACUAAGAAGAGGCGGGACUUUAGCAGGGCAGCCAGAUGUCAAAUUGUGAAACUGAGCAGAGCCACUCAGACACAGCAUGUGUCUUGUCCUGCAGUAGCCACACCCUCUGAGGCCCUCCCCUCUAAAGAAUCUGCCCCUGAGGCCCCGCCUCCACAGACCCUUGUCCCUGAUGAGCCUUUACUCUCAGGGCCUUUACCAGAAAAGUACACUUCAUUGCUAUGUCCUCUUCAGCGCCAGACUUCUAUGCUGUAUUUACUCUGUUCUGCCCAAGGUCACUCCUCCUAUGGAUCAGACCCUGGCCCAUCGCCUCGGCGACGGCGGCGUCCCACACGCCCUCUGGGGUCAAAAGUCACGUACAGACGUCUGCCACUAAUGCCUUUCACAGUAAAACCAUUUUCAGUCAAAUCUUUCCCAGUGAAACCACGCUGUGUGCGACAGCUCUUUCGUAGCCUGAGCCCAGAGCUCAACACAGGACCUGCCCCCAAAGUAGUCCCUGCCUCCACACCCAGGAGAGAGGGGCUCCGCAGCUGCCGGCCCCCCACAUGAGUGAACUCAAUACUGACAGCCCCACACAAGAAGAUGUGAAAUGUGUGUUUGCUUGACAACCCAAACAACUUAUUAUGCCCACAGAGAACUUCAACAUCUCCAGUCCCCAAUCUCAAUACCUCCUCUCAGUAUUUCUAACAUUGUUCAUUCAAAUAAGAAUCAAAUAACACAUGAAAUGAUUGUUAUUUAUUGUUGAAAUCAGAGCUGGAACUCUUUGCUAUACAUACUGUUUAGCAGUAGGAUAAAAGGAAAGAAGAGGUAAGAAAAGGACUAUUCUAGAGCUCCUGUGACCUCCAGACCCUGCAGUGGCAGUGGUUGUGGCUAAGAAUUUCCAUACAAACUUACCAUGUCGGCCGUAAUUAUUUAACUUUUUUAAAGAUUGAGGAUAAUUGUUGCAUACUGGUUGUCAAUCAUUAUCAAAGACAGAAGAGAGCCAGAAGUGGAUUUCUGCAGCUAGACGGGCUAGGAGCUAAUAAAACAAUUAAGUUAUGAAUGUAUUUUUACACUGAUCACUGAUAUUGUUUUGUUUUUUUGUUUUUCUUACUUGAAUGAGUCAAGCAUAGUCUCAUAACGAUUCAAAAGCUGUUUAUGUAUUGUUGGUUAAUUUGAAGAGAAUCUAUUAUGGAAGCCCGGAGAGGCAAGAGAAAAAAAUAAAUAAAAAAUGGAAGCAGGUCA